UAGUUUUAAAAUUUUUAUACAUAAAUUAUUAUUGCAGGAUAUGGACACCUGAUCAUCUUUUGGAUCUCGAUGAUGUCCUUAAAGAUGUUGCAUAUUUUCGCGGUGUCGCCUAUAGUCUGAUGAACGUGUGUUACAUGAAUAAAAAGCGUGAUCCUCAUUGCCCAAUCUCUAAUUACAGCUAUUAUGCUCAAUUGAUACGAAGUUCUUGCCCUGAAAUUUUGAAAAAUUGUUCCUAUAAUAAUGAAGUUUUCAAUUGCUGCGAAUAUUUUCAGACAAUUGAAACGGAUGUUGGUAUUUGCUACAUUAUUAACUCCAUACAAACUAAAAAUUCGAAACCCUAUCCAAUGUUAAGUAACAUGAAACAAAAGAGUGGUGUUCUUAAAUUUCAAGUCUUGUUGACUUCGAUGAUGUAUACUUUGGGAGAAGAUGAAAUUCCAAGUGUAACAACAUUAUACUCAUCGACUUUAAAACUGUCGCUUGGGAAAAAAUAUCGACGACAUGUAACAGUAAGAAAUAUUGAAAACGACCCACUGGUAGCUGAAACUACACCGCAACAACGGGCAUGUCGCUUUCAUGACGAAAAUGAGGAUGGCCUUUACCCCCAUUAUUCGUAUAGCGCUUGUAACGUUCUUUGCCGCAAGCGAGCUCAAAUGGAACUCUGUCAAUGCAUCGACCACUUUAUGUUGGAUACAACAGAAUCAGAACGAUGUAAUAUAUCUGGCAUGUGGUGUCUUCACUCACACUCAAAAGACUUGACAACACUAAAACCUCACUGGGCUAAACGUCCCGGCCUAAGUUGUAACUGCCUGCCUUCUUGUAAUGAAACUGAAAUCACUAUUUUAAAGGAUGUAAUAACGACGCUUAAACCAAAAAAAUAUAUUACUUAUGUAGAGAUGGUGUUGGCGUAUCUUCCGACUGAAAGGUUUAAAAGAAAUGUUGUAAGAAGUCGUUUAGAUUUAGUUGUAUCUGUGGGUGGAACUGCUGGCUUGUUUGUCGGUGCCAGUUUGCUAAGCUUUGUUGAAUUAAUUUUCUUUUUCACUGUUCGCUUUAUCAGCAACGUUUUGAUGGAAAAACGUAAACAAUAAAAUCAUCGCCAAAACAAGGAAUUAAAAUUAAUUAAUACGUGAAGCAAAAA